ACCCAUCAUCCAAACAACACCAUUUACUCAUCCAAUUCAAUUUCUAGAGAGAGAAAAUGUCAGGAAGAGGAAAGGGAGGUAAGGGGUUGGGAAAGGGAGGAGCAAAACGACACCGUAAAGUUCUCCGUGACAACAUCCAGGGUAUCACGAAGCCCGCGAUAAGGAGGCUGGCGAGAAGAGGAGGUGUGAAGCGUAUUAGCGGUUUAAUCUACGAGGAGACACGUGGCGUCUUGAAGAUCUUUUUGGAGAAUGUGAUUCGUGAUGCGGUUACCUACACAGAGCAUGCUCGCCGGAAGACUGUUACUGCCAUGGAUGUUGUUUAUGCUUUGAAACGACAGGGCCGUACCCUCUAUGGCUUUGGUGGUUAGGGUUAGGGUUUGUAGCAGUGGUUGUUUAGAUUUAUGAUGUUGGUAGUAUGUGUAGGGAUCUAGGAUAUGUUGGUGUAAUUGAAGGUCGUUUGCGAUUACUAGAAGUUGUUAAUUGAUUUCAGAAUUUCAAUGUUAUUUUCUUGUUGUUUUGAGAUC